CCUUCCUCUCUCAUCGCCAAGGCGAGGCUCCGCCUCUCUAACUAUUUAACCUAAAAAUUAUCUAGCGUUUUCCAUUUCUAGAUAUGGAGAGAAGCGAAUCGGAUCGGAUUAAGGGGCCGUGGAGCCCGGAGGAGGACGAGCUGCUGCAGAAGCUGGUGGAGAAGCACGGCCCGAGGAACUGGUCGCUGAUCAGCAAAUCGAUCCCCGGUAGAUCGGGGAAAUCGUGCCGGCUGCGGUGGUGCAAUCAGCUCUCGCCGCAGGUGGAGCACCGCUCCUUCACGGCGGAGGAGGACGAGACGAUUAUUCGCGCCCACGCGCGGUUCGGCAACAAGUGGGCGACCAUAGCGCGGCUCCUCUCCGGCCGCACCGACAACGCGAUCAAAAACCAUUGGAACUCGACGCUGAAGCGCAAGUGCGUCUCGAUGUCGGAGGAAUUCAACGACUUCGAUCCAGAGGCGCGCCAGCCGCUGAAGCGAUCGGCGAGCGUGGGGCCGGGGACGAACGUUUCCGCUUCGGGCUUCUGUUUCAACCCGGGUAGCCCCGACGGGUCGGAUAUGAGCGAUUCGAGCCAUUCGGGUCAUCUCGUGUACAGGCCUAUUGCUCGAAUCCCGCCCGAUCCGCAACCCGACCCGGUCACUUCACUCAGUCUUUCCCUCCCCGGGCUCGACCCGAGCCCGAAUCAGUCUGUUUUGGAGCCCGACCCGCAAAUUGCCGCGGAUCAUUCUGUUAAAUCCGUUCCUCUUCUUCCAAUGUUUGCCUUGCCGCCGGCGAUGAACCAAAAUCGCGAGUUUGCACCUGCGGCGGAUAAGCAGUUUUUCAGCCCGGAGUUUCUGGCGGUGAUGCAGGAUAUGGUGAGGAAGGAGGUCCGGAAUUACAUGGCGGGAAUGGAUCACAAGGGCUUGUGCAUUCAGAGCGAGGUUAUUAGGAAUGCGGUGGUGAAGAGGAUGGGUAUCAGCAAGAUUGACUGAGGGGAGUGAAAGGGAUUAUAAUUUCUGAGACCCAUAUUUUAGUUUAAUGUCAAAUUAGAUUGAUUUCAAUCUUUGGUUAGAGAGAAGACGAAAAAAUAACUUUGGGGUUGUACAGAUGAGAAAGGGGGAGGUGGUGGUGGAAAUGGUAAGCAAGAAAUUUCCUGAAAUUAACAACUCAUUUUGAAUAUUUUCUAGCUUGGUUUCAUUAAAUGUUCAUAUUUUCUCCUGCUGUUGUAAUAACAUCAAUUAUCGGUUUUCACUUUUAA